CAGAACACUCCCUUUGUCUUGGGGAAUAUGAAAACAACAGACGAGUGAUCUACUGGUGUAAACUAGCUGGAGGUGUAAACAGCACUAAGUGUUAAAAACUUAAAGGAAGUUUAAAGAACUGUAAUUUCAUGCUUAAUUGCUUAAAACUAAGACCUGUGGCUAGGCUUGUGCUUAUGAAGGCCUUCCCUUGACUCCGCAGUUUUUCUUGGAUUAAGAUUAAGUCUCCUGACAGUCCAGUGGACGAUGUCUCUGCACCAAAUCCAGGAAAAGCAUCAGAAGAAACAGUUAUCCUUACGGCAGCGGGCAGCUCUGUUUGAGUCCAGUCUCUCUGUUAGGGAGAAAAAUGACAGAGGAAGCAGUUCACAUUGGAAAAUUAAAGGAGAAACACAAACAAACAGCGCUUCCUCAUCGUCUCUCAGUGUCCAAACAAAAAUAAAAAAUGGUAAAGCUAGUGAUGCUAGCAAUGCUCCUUCCACAUCAGACAUUACCACAUCAUGUGCCUCAACUCCAGAGAACUACCAGGACCAAGAGCUCUGCCCUUUCCUUCUGCAGUCCCACUGUGACUCUUUGUUCACUUCGUUAAAUGGCUUAAAAAAGGAGGGGCUACUGCUGGACUGCAGCUUACAGCUUUCUGGGAGUUCCCACAGGGUGCACCAAUUAGUGCUUGCCGCCAUCAGUCAAAAGGCAGAGGAGUGGAUUCACUCCAGGCAGAUGCAACUUAAGGAGGUGAAUUUAGGUGAUAUGGGAGGGCCGGAGUGUCAUAUAACUCCCACAGGACUAAAAGCUGUACUAAAGUUUGCUUACUGUGGAGAACUGGAUGUGACCUGCACUGAAGAUCUGGAGGAGAUGCUCAUGGCUUGCAAGUUAUUAGGGGUAGAGCGAAUGGCACAGGUGCACUGGGGAGAGGCCCAACCCUGUGGGGGAGCAGAAAGAAAGAACAGCCUCCAGGUGAUAAGGAAGCUGUGGGAGAGGCAUGUUGGCUGUGAUGUCAUCAUAGAGGUGGAGACGGGAGAGCGUUUUCCCGCACAUCGUGUCAUACUUGCUGCUGGGGGGGACUACUUUCGGGCCCUCCUCUGCGGAGGGUUACGCGAAUGUGAACAGGAGGUGGUGCGUAUCCAGGGCAUAGCAGCCUGGGUGCUGUGGUCACUGCUGGACUUCAUCUACUCUGGCCAGCUGAAGCUGGGCUGGCAAAAUGUGUGGGACCUCACUGAAGCAGCACUGCAGUUUCAGCUACAGGGGGCACUCACGCUCUGCUUAAACUUCCUGCAGGAACAUUUAGACAACACGUCAUGUCUGGACGUGCUGAGUUUAGCUGAGACUUAUGGGCUGCAGCAGCUUGGUUUGGUGGCAGAGAAUUUUGUUCUAGCCCACUUUCAGAGGAUCUCAGAGGGGGAGAAGUUCAAGGAUCUCUCCUGCCACCUGCUAGAACAUCUGAUAGAGAAGGACACACUAAGUGCAGAAAGUGAGGUGGUGGUAUUCAAGGCAGUAGUGAGCUGGGUAGAGGAGGAUAAAACUCAGAGGCUGGGCAGUUUCCCUGCGCUUCUCCAAAGGAUCCGCUUUCCCCUAAUGACCCCACAGGAGCUAGAGGAGGUUCAGAGCUGCAGACUGCUGAGUAGAAGUCCGGAGGCAAGAGCGGCCUCAGAGGCUGUGAGGAAACUUCUGGACGAAGAAAACAGAACAACCAACUGCAAACCACGCACCCCAAAUCAGGUCCUGGUGCUAGUGGGAGGCGACAGCGUGAAUGACAACUUUGAGCGGCGCGAGCCCAACCACUGCCUGUGGUUCGUCCGCCGCUUCCUGCGUGGGGAGGGCCUCAUCCGGACGGUAGAGUGGGAGCUCUUGGCGCAGCUGCCUGAUCCCUCUCGACUCCGCCACUGUGUGUGUGUUCUCAAUAACGUGCUGUAUGUGCUGGGGGGGCGCAAGUACUAUGGAAAGCUGGACAUACUGAAGUCUGCGCUGAGAUUCGACCCUGCCAAGUAUAAGUGGGAGUGCUUGCCGGACAUGGCCAGCCCCAGGGACUACUUUGCUGCAGUGUGUUGGGGAGGCAAGGUGUUUGUCCUGGGAGGUAACCAUGAUGACAUGAACUGCCUGGACUCUGUGGAGUACUACACACCUGAGGACAACACUUGGAGGCUGGCUCAUCCAUUAGACACGCCCAUCUGCGGCCACGCGGCCGCGGUAUUAGAUGGAGAGAUCUACGUGUCAGGAGGCUGUGACUCCAGCCUCCGUUGCCUCCCUUGCCUGUGGCAUUAUGACCCCACCCAGGGUUGCACAAGUCGAUCUCCCAUGACGGGUGGCGAUGGGCGAGCGGGUCAUGUGAUGCUGACUACAAAGAACCGGCUGGUCGUGGCUGGCGGACUGCAGCCCACGUGGAUAGGGUUCAGUGACCAAUUGCGAUGCGAGGCAUAUGAUCCACUCAGCGACUCCUGGACAGCCCUCCCCCUCCUGCCUCGUCCUCACCUAUCACCUGCUGCCACGUUGCUUGAUGGCCAGCUGUAUGUCAUGGGAGGGUCUUCAGCUGAUUCAGCACGAGAUACAGCGUGGGUUCAUCGCUAUGAUCCUUGGGAAAAUAGCUGGGAGAAACUGGGGAUGAUGCCUCGACCUUUUGCUGACCUCGCAGCAUGCACGCUUCAGUUAAGCCUAGGCCUUAAGGGUUAAGACAAAGGCAAAAUUUGCAUGUUGGUGAUGAUUGGCCACUAUGCUGCUUAGGUAGAUUGAUUAAAUACAUGUUUACAAAAAAAUUAUACAGGAACAGUUGAGUAAUGAGUCAUGCUAACAUGACUGUUUUAUAAAUGUUGAAUGAAAUGACUCUGUAAUGCUCAUAGCAACACAACGUGUCCUGUCAGGGUUUUAAACCAACUUUUAUAUCACUAUAAUAACAUCGUUUUCACUAGUUUGUUUAUAGUUGCUUUUUGGAUCUGUUUAUUUCCACAUGAAUUUAUUUGGUUUCAAGCACCAUUGUAUCUAACUUGUUUUUGGUUUUAGUUACAUAGCUUCUAUGAAAAUGUAUAUGCAGUUUACUUAGUAUAUUUGGUUACUCCAUGAAAUAUUAUACAAACAGUAUCUCUAAAAUUGUAAGAUGUGUUUGAGUAAAAUAUUACUCUCAUAUUACUUAGAAUAGAUUUUGAAAAAGUAUAUAAAAGGCUGCUUAAUCUUCAACACGCAUGUUCAAGAGGACUAUCCCUGUCUUAAAUGAUUUGAGUGUA